AUGACCUCCACAUCCUCCGCCGCAACGCCCGCGGACCCCUCCAAGCAGGCAGCCAAACACAUCGCCAACCCACGGCGCCUACUCAUUCUCACCCCAACCUCGCAAUCGCUCUUCAUCAUCCCGCCUUUCCUCCACUCUCUCACUGGCGUACCCGUCGUCGACCCUCCACAGCACGAGACCACUCCAGAUCCUCAAUCCCAAACCCCGCCAACCACCUCCCAUAACCCCCCUUCACCACUCGCCGCGCCAGCGCCCAUAACCACAACCUCGUUCGCCGGGUAUACCACGCAUAGCCCGCUCCGUCUAGAUACGAAAUACUACUCCGCGGAGGUCCCAGUAUGGGUUGACGAGAUACCACUCUCAACCAAGACAUCCCAAGCUACAGCAGACACACCUAGCCAGGGCCAAUGGUGCACAGAGUUCCUCGGCGAGGAAGCAGAGAUCGUGCGCGAUGCCGUGGGCGCUCUAGUCGUCUGCGUGCGUAAUCCGGAGCAGACCGCUGCCCCCGGCGCACAGGCAGACGACCCCGCGCAGCGCGCUGACGUUUGCGUGGUGCGGGAUCUGCUGCGCGAUAUCGGGGCUGUCAAGAGCUGCAUUGAUGAGGAGCGGGGUGGGAUGAGCGAUGUGCCUGGAGUGUUCGUUUUGGUGGGUAGUCGCAAUGAUGCUGCGCGGGCAGCUGCACCAUCUACGUCGCAGGAGGAGGACGCGGGAUUAGACUUGGGCGUUGACGAUGCGGAUUUGGGAGACAGUGCUGGGGAUGUGCCGUUCUCGGUGGGUUGGUGGGAGGACCAGUUGUUUGAUAUGGGUCUAUUUGGGUGGGAGGUAGUUGAGUGGGAUCCGACGGAGCAGGGUGCUGAGAAGACGCGGAAUAAGUUUGGAGAUGAUCUGUUGUUUGGUGGGGAACUCAUUCGAGAAACAGAAUACGAAGGCAUGCCGCGCAUCCAAGAAGUCCUGGAGACGCACGACUGGAGCGCAUCCAGUGGGUUGCAUGAUGCCGACGACGCAGGCCUCGAUUUUAGUGACGAUCUUGAGGAAGAGCUUCUUGGAUUCGGCAGGUCGUCGCACACGCGCGGCUUCGGGCACGAGGUUCAAGAACUUGAGCGCGAGAUGCUUGGUCUGCGCAUGGCUAUUGAGCGCGGUGGUGGUGACGGCGAUGAGAGUAACGGCGAGGAGAGUGGCGGGGAUGAAGGAGACGAGGAGCUCAAAGUUGAGUCUAUUGAGACGCUCAUGAUGCGGAUGCAGGCCGUACGAGAUAUGGGCUCGGACCUACCCGAGGGGGAACGCAGGAAGUUUGCUGCAAAGGCCGUGUCGGAUAUUAUGCGGGAAUUAUAG